AUGGCAAGGAAGCCAACAAAUUCAUUGAUGGAGAGUUCAUGGAUUAUGGUCACAGCCAUGAUUAUGUUGUCUUCUUGUUCCUCGAAUCUGUUGGUUCGUGGUGGAGAGACAUUAUGGAAGCCGACAUGGACAAAGGAAGCAGCAAAAGAAGCAGAGAUUGUGGCAGGCAUAGGAUGUUCUGGACAUGGAAGAGCCUACUUGGAUGGUUUGGUUCUUAAAGGCCAUCACUUGCCCGUUUGUGACUGCAAUCCUUGCUAUUAUGGCCCUAGCUGUUCCCAGUUUCAAUCCAAUUGCUCUGCAAAUGCUGGAAGUGGGGAUCCGUAUUUCUUGGAGCCAUUCUGGAUGAGACAAGCAAAAGAGAGUGCAAUAUUAGUAUCAGGUUGGCACAGAAUGGGAUAUACGUACAGUGAUGGAUCUUACAUCUCAGAAGUGCUUGUGAAGUACAUUCAAAAAUUGCAUAAAACGGUUCGUAACGCAGAGACUGAUGGGCGGUUCAUUAUAUUUGGGGCUGGUUCUACUCAGCUCCUCAAUGCUGCCGUUUAUGCCUUCUCUCCCAAUUCUUCUUCUUUGCAUUCUCCUGCCAAAGUGGUUGCCACAGCUCCAUAUUACCCUGUCUAUAGACAACAAACGGAGCUUUUUAAUUCAUUGGAUUAUAGAUACGAAGGUGACACGUCCUUAUGGAAGAAUUUGUCAGAAAACAAGAACAUCAGAUUCAUUGAGUUUGUGACCUCACCAAACAACCCAGAUGGACGAUUGAUGAAGGCUGUUCUUCGUGGAUCUAAUGUUAAGACUGUUAAUGAUCAUGCUUAUUAUUGGCCACACUUCACUCCUAUUCCUUCUCCUGCUGAUCAGGAGCUCAUGAUCUUCACUAUCUCCAAGCUCACUGGCCAUGCAGGCUCUAGAUUUGGGUGGGCACUGGUAAAGGAUGAGGCAAUAUACCAAAAGAUGUUGACAUAUUUGGACUUGAACACCAUGGGAGUUUCUCGAGAGUCUCAGUUGAGAGCUUUGAAGCUUCUUGAUGUGCUUCUUGAAGAAGGAGACGGCAGAAAAAUAUUCAAGUUUGGAUAUUCAACAAUGAAAAACCGAUGGAUAAAACUAAGACAGAUCUUGUCCAAAUCAAGACGAUUUUCUCUGCAGAAAUUAACUCCCAAUUACUGCUCCUUUUUCAAAAGGGUUAGGGACCCCACACCAGCAUAUGCAUGGUUGAAGUGCGAGAGAGAGGAAGAUAAAGAUUGCUAUGCAGUUCUUAAAGCAGCCAAAAUAGAUGGUCGUCCAGGAAGUAUGUACAGUGCCAACGGUAGUUACGUUCGUUUAAGUCUCAUCAGAAGCCAAGAUGACUUUGACAUACUCAUCAACCACCUCCAAAACCUCCUCGCUAAAUCUUAUUAG